AUGAUGAUUCUGAUUCAGUUGAAAUCUUGCAUGAGAAGCCUCCUCUGCCUAAAGUAAUGAGCCGAAAACCGCCAUUAUCAUCUUCUAUUCGCCCUUGCAAGAAAAUUAGAGCUGAAGAAGCUGAAAGGACGUCUAAUCAGAAAAAAAUGCACUCAGAUGGGAAUAAGCUAUUGUCCAUGAAAGCAGAACCGAAUCUUAUCAAGCUUGAAUCAGAAGAAACCGCGGGUAGGAGCAAUUUUUCCACUAAAAAAAGUCCAAAAUCCUUGGCUAUUAAAAAACAAAAGGAGAAACCACUGACUUGGGAUGAGAAGGACAGAGCUUUACAGAGAGUCAACACUUUCACCGCCAAAAAUCCCUAUUUCAAAAUUGUCAUGCAACCAGCAUAUGUCAAGAGCUCUUUGAAUGUACCGGCAAAUUUUGUGAAUCAGUAUUUGAAGCAGAAGAAAGAAGGAGCAGUUCUUCUGCGGGUUUCAGAUGGUAGAACUUGGCGUGUGAAGUGCAAUAGGGAAGAAGGAAAGCAGUACAAGUUCCGCCUCAAUAGAGGGUGGCCCUGUUUUGCAAAAGACAAUAACUUAGAAGUGGGUGAUGUGUGUGUUUUUGAACUCACGAACACCAUUAACAUCUCCUUCCUAGUUCAUGUUUUUGGAAAUUCUGGGAAUCCAUAUGACUGAAAAUACCAAGGUAUGACAACGUUCUUCCCCUAUGAGAUUCUGUUCUAAUGAUUCUGGCUAGUACACAUGUAACGUCAUGCAGAUUGUAACAUGUUACUUCCUCAAGCUACAUACUGAGGAGGAGGGAGAUUCUGGUCUGACGAUACAACUGGGGAAGGACAAGACUAUGGCCUGUGAAGUUUCAUUUGUCAGCUUUAUGUGAACAAUUUACAUGGCAAGUUCUCUGCAAGUAAAGACAAUGAACUUGCUUUUUGUUUGUAUAGGUUAUUUCAUGGCGAGUUCUGUGCAAGUAAACUUUUGUUGAUGAUGAUUGUGAAACUGAGGACCUGGAUCAUGUUUUAGAAAAUGUUCACUAGCUCAAUCCAUUUAGCAGCUUAUUCUCCCUAAUGCCUUUUGUCCUGACUUCUUUAACCUGCCUUAUAAACGAUGAAUGAUAGCUAAUCUUUAUGGACA